AUGUCGGAUUGGGAGUCCAGAAGAGAAACCAGGGAUUUCUCUCCAGAGGAGGACAGUUAUGAAAUUAAAUCAUUGCAACCAGAGAUAACUAAAAGACCUAUAAGCUCUAACCCUGUGUGCACUGACAGUCAAAUCAAGUGCUACUUGGACAAGGCACAGGAUGGACAUGUCAGGCCCGUGGUCAUAACCUCUGAAGGAAGGCCUGCUGCUGUUCAGUGCACAGGCACUAGAGCGCCUCGGGUAAUUCAUCCUGCAGUGAAAUCCUGUGAAUGCAGGGACUGUGGGGCAGCUGUCAGGCACCAGUCAUCCCACCUUCAACAGGAAAGCGGGCAAAAUAAGGAGAAAAGCUCUCAAUGUGGAGAGUGUGGGAAAGCCUUCAAUAGUAAGUCAGAUUUGACUAAGCAUAGGAGAAUUCAUGAAAGAAACAAAAGUAAUGAAAAUAAGAAAUGUGCCUUUAUUCAAGACUCUGCAGUUACUAACCCUCAGAGCGUUAAUACUGGUGAAAAACCUCAUAAAUGUAAGGAAUGUGGACAAGCUUUUCAUUCUAGCGCCCAACUUGCAAAACAUCAAAGGAUCCAUCUUGGUGAGAAACCCUAUAAAUGUGAGGAGUGUGAGAAGGCCUUUCCAUCGACCUCACAGCUUAAUUUGCAUCAGAGAAUCCAUUCCGAUGAGAAAUACUACGAAUGUAAGGAGUGUGGGAAAGCCUUCACCCGUCCCUCGCACCUUUUUCGACAUCAGAGAAUCCAUACUGGUGAAAAGCCCCAUAAAUGUAAGGAGUGUGGGAAAGCUUUUCGUUAUGACACACAGCUUAGUCUUCACCAACUAAUUCACACAGGCGAGAGACGCUACGAGUGUACGGAGUGUGGGAAGGCGUACAGUUGUGCCUCACAGCUGAGUCUGCAUCAAAGAAUUCAUACUGGCGAGAAGCCUCAUAAAUGUAAAGAAUGUGGGAAAGCUUUUAUCUCUGAUUCCCAUCUUACACGACAUCAGAGCGUUCACACUGGUGAGAAGCCCUACACGUGUAAGGAGUGCGGGAAGGCCUUCCGUCGUGGCUCAGAGCUUACUCGACAUCAGAGGGCGCACACUGGCGAGAAACCCUAUAAAUGCAGGGAAUGUAGAAUGGCCUUUACUUGUAGCACAGAACUUAUUCGACACCAAAAAAUUCACACUGGUGAGAGACCCCAUAAAUGUAAGGAAUGCGAGAAGGCUUUUAUUCGGAGGUCCGAACUUACUCAUCACGAGCGAAGUCAUAACGGUGAAAAACCCUACGAGUGUAAGGAAUGUGGGAAGGCCUUUGGCCGUGGCUCGGAGCUUAGUCGACACCAGAAAAUUCACACUGGUGAGAAACCUUAUGAAUGUAAGCAAUGUGGGAAGGCCUUUAUUCGUGGCUCACACCUUAGUCAACAUCAAAAAAUUCAUACAGGAUGGAGGAAUGAAUGA